UGUAAUGGCUAACUUCAGUUUAAUACUGGAACAAAAAUAUUGUCAAAAUAUAGCACAAAGAUUAGUCAAAAUACGAAUAUUCUUUCAGUUCAAUUAUUUUAGUAUGCGUUUAAAUUUUAAUCUAAAGAAUAAUGAGUGAGCAGAACAGUGACUCUUGCAAUAAGAGUUUGAAAUAUGAUUGGUAUCAAACUGAGGCAACAGUCGUUAUCACAGUCCUAGAGAAGAACGUGAACAAGGAUCAUUUGCAGAUCCAAUUUAAAGAUGACUUAGUAAGCCUCAGUUUCAAAACUGUGCAAAGCGACCAACAAGUAGAUAAAAAAUUCCAUUUACCUCACAAAAUUGUUCCUGAACAGUGCAGUUAUAAACUUUCUGCAGCAAAAAUCGAAAUCAAUUUAAAGAAACAAGAAGGCAUUCGAUGGGAAAAGUUGGAAGGACCUGUUGCUCAGCAUGAAGUUAAAGUAAUGCCACAAUCAAGCACAUCUUCAAAUAAACCUCCCUCUUAUCCUACAUCAAAACCAGGCAAAGAUUGGUCAACCAUUGAAAAAGAAUUAAAACAGGAAGAGGAAAAGGAAAAGCCUGAGGGUGAAGAAGCCCUCAAUAAACUGUUUCAAGAAAUAUAUGGCAAAGGAGAUGAAAAUGUUAAAAGAGCCAUGAACAAAAGCUUUAUGGAAAGUGGUGGUACUGUUUUAAGCACAAACUGGGAUCAAAUAAAACAAGGAAGAGUUCCUGUAAAACCACCCGAUGGCAUGGAAUGGAAAACUUGGAGCGAAUGAAAUAUUAACUCCUGUGGAUUAAAGAAUAAAUCAAAAUGCUUUCAUUAUCCUUUGCUAGCAGUCUAGUAACUUUCUACUAUGACUUCAAUACAAUACUUUAAUAUGUAAAAAUUUCUAUUAAACCACUUAUACUCUAUCAUUUUCCUGCCAAAAUAUAAAUUUAACGUUUAA